AUGGCUUCUUCAGCACCUCAGGAGAUACUAGCCCUCAUCGUGGACCACCUAGCACAACUGAACGAGAAACUAUCACCUUAUGCGCUGGUCAACAAGUCUUGGCAGGCCGCUUUCGAGAGACGGAUCUACUCAUCAGUCGUCGUGCGUAGUUCACCCGGUGUGACCGAUAUCAGAGUCAAAGGAUGGCCCAAGUUCUGGGAACCACACAAUCAACAAGGACUUUCACUGGAGAUUUUCAUCAACAUCACCAACGGACCACAGGAUUGGCAGCAAGCGCGGCGUACAUAUGUGCGUAAGAUUUUCUAUGGAGUUGCAGUCCCGUACUGGCUGGACGAAGUCCCUGAAACAGACGGCGACUACGCUCAUGAUAAAUUCUGUCGGCGUAAGAAUAACCAAGCAUUCUCGAAAAGCGUUUGUCGAUUAUUCGAGCAUCUCUCGACUUGGACCGACCAGAAAAUCUCUCUGCGGAUAGCCUUGCAGGCGGAAGAUGCUUCUACCGACGAACAAAGUGGUGAGCAAGAGUCAACAUCGACGACCGGCACCGGAGAAGAGAUUACUCGGUAUCGUGCAGAGUUUGUGUCCGGAUAUCCUUUACCGCGCGCGUCUUGCAUCACAUCGUUGGAGAUCACUGAGCUCUUGACUGGUGAAACUGUGUGGUCCGAGCUCUGGGCAUCAGACGAGGACGUUUGGGAAAACAAGAUCUCCCUGCCUGCUUGCUUGAGGAUCGCAUCAGCGUGCGGCGCUCUGAAGGAGAUUUAUUUCGACGGCGGGGACGGUGAACCUUUGGCGGGGCCCAACAUGCGUCUCGCUAGGCGUACCGCAGCUGCCAAAGAAAUGUCUCGGCUUCCACGAACCGUCAAAGACGUGUAUUUGUUCUGGAACUCGCCCUCAAAGGUUGGAAUUGCCGAUGUCAGGCGACCGAAUGAAAGCGCUUCGCAAGACCUUUUCUGCGCGACGCUUCACAAGUUUUCCAUGCAGCUACAACACUUGCGUACAUCUGAGAUGGAGAUUUUCCCCGAGCUCUUCUGCCCUGUUGGACUGGAACUACCAAUUGAAGCACACUGGCCAUACCUUGAGACACUUCAUCUUGAUAGAGUCUGUGCGUACGGGCCUUUCAGCGACGUGGCACGACACGCCGAUGGAACUCCCAAAGAGGAUCCGCUUGCAGAGCGAUACGUCAACGAUCUCUACACAAGUCUUGGCCACGCUGUGCAAAAGAUGCCUCGUCUGAAGAGUAUGAAGCUCAGCUUUGGUUCCCUUGCACACGGGCUCGAUCUGUGGUUCAAGAACGAGCAGUGGAACCUGACGCUCUGCGUGUUCAGCAAAAGUCAGCCAUCUCCUGAAUUCACCAAAGCUUGGAAAGUGCCCGGAGGAAGCUUACAGCCUUAUACGUUUCUCAACACCCAAAAAGCGACAUAUUCAUCUUGGCCGCCUUCCUGA